AUGGCUCAGGGUCAAACAUUCCCUCCCGUGCCUUUGGCCUGCACGGGUGUUGCCACAGAGAAAGAGAAGGUCUGGUACCACAAGUGCCCUUCACGGGGCAAGGACUGUAAGCCAUGGCCGGGCAACACGAAGUUGACAAUCCCUUUUGGUCCUGAUCAGAAGCUAAGGCCUCGGGAUGAUGCAAACUGGAUUAUCGACGAGGGUGGUUGUUGCAUUUGGUACGACGAGCCUGAUUUGAUCAAGAAGGUUGAGACCAGGAUCGGAAUGCCCAUGAAGGUCAUGGACCCUGAGGACUUCAGUGUUCCUGGUGUCCUAGAAAGCCCUCUGGGGGAAGCCGGCAAGAAGAGAAUCAAGAAGGAAACAGUCGUCAAGGAACCCCCGAGCAGAAGAGCUCAGAUGCGCAAGAAGGAGGAGGCGGCCGUUGUGGUCUAUGGAGCCAAAAAGGGUGACAAGACAUUGGCGAUGUCCGCCAAGCACACUAGCGCUUUGGCGCCCGUGGUGGGCGAGUUGGCCGCGCUGGAGAAGGAGAUCCAGCAGAUGUUUGCACAGGUCAUGUGGGGGUGCAGAGGCCCGAAGAUUGCAGGAGGCAUUUCUGCUCCCGUGCGAGAAGCUCCAAGAAGUGCACCAAAGCCGCGAGUAGAAGAGACGCCCAAGCCAACACCUGCUGCAGAGGCAAAUCAGGGGCCUGCUGACAUGGAAGUGGACGGCGAUACACCUGCCAAACGCGUGGCAACUGGCUGGGCAAGUGGUGCGGGCAAGCCUAAGCGGAAGGCGCGCUGGUGAGCUCAACAACAAAAGGAAGUCACCGCAAGACCGCAAGCUACUACUUGCAAGGCUUAGCCAGAUGCAAGCAGGGCUGAAGUGCCGAUGAACAAAGUGGCCCGCAAAAUCAUUAAAGAUGAACUGACCAGUCCGUUUGCUCCUCAGGACGUCCCUCUGGUGAAAGUAUGCCAAUCAGAGCCUCUUUGUACCUCUGACCUUGUAUGUAAUGAAGUGCAAUUCCAAUUAAUGUGAUACUAACCAGUACAGUGUCGCUGCAUGCCAUGUCCUAUGGUUUUUGUAGCCCAAAUUGGUGUUUGGCAGGUAUUUCCCCCAAACAGUGUGGACACUUAGGGUUUCUUACGGUGAUAGCUAAGGCUGGGUUUGAUUCAGGG